GCAAUUUAGGUACUUUGAAAAACUUUUGCCUUCUAGGUGGAGUUCCUAUUAUCCUAAACUUCACGGCAAAACCUUAUAACUAUGAAACCCGAGUAGAAUCAGCGAUAAUUAUUCAGAAAAUUUGUGAUAGUUCGUCUAAUCUUUCCUUCGAAACAUUUAUUGACUGUGCAGGCUUAGAAUAUUUAAUAGAACCACUACAAGAAGAUUACAACACGCAUAAAGAGUUGAUUUUGAUCAUGAUAAAAGCAAUAUCAAAAGUUUUAGAGGUUCAAAAUUUAUCUAUGAAAGAAAAAUUAUGUAGGAUGUUAGUUAAUGUCAAAUUUCUAGACUCAUUAGCCAUCACGCUUCAUAACAUCAUUUCGGACAAAAACCUUGAAAUUAGUAGUCAUGCAGAAAGAAUAAUGCAUGUGCUCUGGUUUCUUUCAGAAGGACAAUUUAUAGAAACUAUUAUGGAUCAUACAAAUUUGGUCACAGGGAUACUUAAAGUUAUUAAUAACAUUUUAAACAAUUUAGAUGCCUCACAUAAAGUAAAGAUGGUUCAAUUUCUUAUUGUAAUGCUGGAUGAGCAGAAGCAGAGGGAUAUUAACAUUUCAUAUAAAAUUCUUAGUACAAUAUUUAAAAUUUGUCAAUAUAACAAAUCUCUCCAAGAAACUGCUGCCAAAGCAGGAAUCAUUACUCACUUGUUAUACUUUACAAAAAAUCAAAAUUUUAACAAGAUUGCACUUAUAUUACUUUUUAAAAUGGCUAAUGCAGGACGA